AUGACCGAAGCAGAAUUCUUCACGCUCUGCAAUCUAGACCAGACUUCCGAGCGAGGACAACAGACAUAUCACCUCAUGAGGCAAGAAGCAACCGCGGGUCUAGAUCGAAUGACCUUGACCGCGAGAUCCACGCCUGGAACUACUGAGUUCAAUGGACAUACGAUUCUGGCUUCGAUGCUGUCGGAGGCGGCGAUACAAUUUGAGAUUCAAAGGAUUUGGCAGUUUGCACUUCCCGAGACGAGGGAUGUGUAUGAAGGUGGGAGGAUGGGGAAUGGGAAUGAGGAGAAUUGGAUUAUCAGGUGGAUGCUGUGGAGGGAGAUUGUUAUUAGGAGGGAUGGCUUGGGUGAUUGA